AUGAAAGCUCGUGGAAAAAUUAUUCCUAAAUUGAUCAUCUUAUGGAAAGAUUUAGAAAUAUUAUUAAGGACGAUUGAAAUGUCAAAAAUUCUAUACAAACCAUUUCUGAAACCGUACAAAGACAAACCAACAAAUAGUUUUAAGACAGCCGAACGGGAAACUGCGAUGCUUGAACAUGAAUGUAGAUGGAGAAACGAUCGCAGUGAGACAAUUUGGGACGGACUUGCACUUUCUAUACAAUAA